AUGAAAGAUCCACAGAGUUUCGAAUUUACUACGCAAACGGCCCCUCACUUCGAGAAUUCUAGGCACACAAAUAUUGUGACAGCAAAUUUAUGUGAACAGAUUCCAGAAAUUCGUGUUCAAAAUGUGCCAAGUUCUUUGCAUAGCAGCAAUACAUCAGAAAGUUCUAGAUCAUUAAAAUCUCCAGAAAUUGAUACUUCUUUGAAACAGGAGAUUUCAGAGUCAUCAUUCAUUCCAAAUGAAAGACCCUCAGAUGAGAUUCCAAACUUUAUUUCUCCUGAAAAUGAUUUAUCUUAUAACAUUCCUGGUUUAUAUCGAUUACUUGACUUGUGCAAGGACGAUGGGUCAAAUGGCCUCGUCGACAAAAUUAUCAUUUCAAAAGAAUCAUUAAAGAAAUUUUGCAAUAAAAUGGUUCCAUCAAGUUAUAGAUCAAUCUCAGAAAUUAAUUAUGAGAAACUGGAUUCUAUUUCUGUUAAUCUAGUUGGUUGUUAUGGAAAUUAUACAUUAAUUGCAAAGCUCUUACAUAAACAACGCAUCAUUGAUGAAAGAAUGCAAUUGCUUGUAGAUUCACAAUCUCAGGAACUAUCUACAGAAAAGGAAAAUAUACCUUCCUUACGUCCUGGAAUUUACCUGCUUAUGGUGCAUUCUAAAAACCUAGGUUUAGUUAUUAAUUGGCCUGAACCUGGAUGUUAUGAAGAAAAUAUUUCAUCUCAAAGAAAGAAAAACAUGAUAAAUUUACACAGAUAUCUUACUAAACUUACGGACUAUCAACUCUGUUUGAUGAGUGAAUCCGACUUGGAGUGUUUUAUUUGGAAUUCCGAGAAUGAGGGGGAAGACGAUUCUGAAGAAGAAAAGGAAGGUGUCUGCUAUGAAUUUGAAGUGAAAAAAAGUCAAGAAGAACAAGAAGAUUUUAAAAUAUUUCCAGGAUUUCAGAUUUAUUUGCCACAACAAAUGAUUUCAGAUAUUCGUGAUGGAUAUCCUCUGCAACCUACUGUGGUAGAAUCUGUAACUAGUCAAACAUUAAUCACCAAAAAGAAAAUUACUGCUACAUCGAAAAUGAUGAAAAAUACUCUUAAUACUGAGUAUGGAAAGUUUAAAGAAGAUUUUGGUAAAAGACUUGAUGGAUAUGCUUUACGUAUCAACAAAAAUAUGAGCAUUCAAAAUUUAGAAAUAUUGAUUAAAAACGGGUUGCCUGAAAUCGAAAAGGAGCUACUCGGUCCUUACAGAAAGGAAUUAGAAGAUGCGAAGACACAAAUAGAGCAUAAGAAAGCGCAUGAAAGGGACUCCAUAAAAGAAGACGCAGAAAUUUUCACUAAAUAUGUUUGGAAAAAAUUAAGAGAAGAAUACAUUGAAUUUGAACUACUAAUUAAUAAAGAAUUGACUAACAAUUUCACUACGCAACAAGUUCAUAAUGAUGAAACUAUGAAACAAAAUAUAUUCAGUGGCAUGGAUCAAUAUGGAGACACACAGUCACAGUUGUCAAAUGAUGUUAGGCAAUCAAUGUGUCAGUUAAUAUUUGAUAUGUUCAUGGACAAGGAAUUGGAUUAUAACAAGCUCAUAAAGAAGUAUUUUGUGGGGCAAGAUCAGGAAAAAAUAGAAGAGAAGAAAAGUUCUUGGUCGCUUCAAUCGCUAAUGAAAUCGUUGGCAAACAUAUUUCGAACUGAUAACUCCAAAUUUAAUCGCGCUUUGCACCAUGCAGAAACAUCAGUUACCAAAACAUCUGACAGAAAUUUUAUUAAUGAAAUUAUUUCAAUGGAAUUUGAGUCUCUUUCUAAACAAAAGCAUGAAAUUAUUGAUUUAUUUCUGAAGGAAUAUGAAAGUUGGAAGAGAAAGAUCUUUCCAGGAAAUAUUCAGGCGAUUGUUCCAAAAUACAAUGAAUCUUAUAUGAAAGAAGUUACUAAAAAAUUUGAUUCAGAAUAUUUACGCUCUAAAGAAAUAAUAGAAGAGAAAGAAUUUAAUAGAAUCUGCAAAGAAAUAGAAAACAAGUUUUCCACAGGGCAUAUUUUAAAGAUAUUGAAUUUAUAUGAGAGCUUUUCUCAUAUAAAAGAAUAUACAAAAUAUUUAAUUUUAUACGAAAUCGAAACCAUUCAGCCUGAUCAACUCAAAAUUACAAUCUAUCAAACAUCGUUUAAUGAAGGAGAUAAUUUUCAACUUUCUGAAGAUGAAUUUCAUGUCCCUCCGCCAAAAUUUAAUAAUCAAUAUAGUGGUGAUAUUGGAAAUUCUUUUCAAAUAAAUCCAGAAACCCACGAUAUUAGGAAUAUUUCGCAAUUUGAAAAUAAAUUUUUUCUCGCACUAUGGAAUAAUAAAGAAAAUCGGCUGGAGAUAUAUUUUGACACUGCAUCCCGACUAUCGUCGUCUAUCCCAUCUAGUCCGUUUAAAAUAUUAUAUGCAGAAAAAAAUAGCUUCAUUUCCGUAAAUGAGCCUAAGGGGCUAAUCGGAUUCUAUAAUGUCAGCUCGGGAGUUCUAAACGUUUACGUAUUUGAUGAGAAGUUUGUUACUCUUAUUCCACGGGCCACAAAUGUUCAGUUAGUUCAGUGUAAUACUGAAGAAAAUGACAGCUCUGAUGCUGAUAGUAAAACCGAAGAAACUGACAGCCCUGAUGCUGAUAGUAAAACCGAAGAAACUGACAGCCCUGAUGCUGAUGGGCCUUUAAAUAUUAAUGGCUAUAAUUCAGAAAAUCAAGUAAAAAUGCUUAGAGCUCACGUAUUUUUUUGUGCCAAUUUUGGUAGCCCCGCUAUUAUACCUAUGCCAAAAAAUAUGCAAUCCGUUGAACAUUUUCAAUUCUCUUAUAUCAAGAAACAACAAAUGCAUCUUACUACCCUCGAUGUAGUUAAGGGACAAUUUUGUUCACUGGUUACUAGAAUUACACUUGAAAAAACACAAUACAAGUUUCAGCAGAGGUCCAACAAAAAAUCAAUGGGAAAAGUAAGGAUUUCGACACCUUCCAACCGAAAUGAUAGCUAUUCUUUUUUAGUAGGAAGGGAUACACAAUUCUCUAAGAACGUUUUGAUUGGAGAAAGUAUUGUCAUUCAAAAUGAAAAAAGAUGCGUUCUUGAAAUACAAUCAAACACAAAAUUGAAAAUUGCAGGGACUUUUUCAAAUAUUGCUGAUCCAGAUUCUUGGAUGGAUUUUAGAAUUGAACCCAAAACAAAUCUUAAUAGUUUUGUCAACGUGUAUCAAUACAUGUUUGAAAAAUAUCCAAUUGAUAGUUGUAUAGAUACUGAAAUAAAUAGAUCUCUGAGCUUGACUAUAGCCCUAGAUUUGUCUAGUCGCAAUGUUGAAGAUUACGAAGAAAGAUUCAGAGAUUAUAUCGACGAGAUGUUCGAAGAGUUAAAACGUUCCACAAAAAAACCAGCAAACAGUCUAAAAAAAUUCAACAUCGAUGUAAUGACCUUUUUCGAACUUAAUAUGGAUGACCCCGACUUUCAAGAAAACAAGUUUACGAGCCUAAAAGAACUUAAAAAGACACUAGAGAAACAAGAAGCAAAAUAUACAAAUGCACGAACCUUUUUACAGAACACGAAAAUGAUUAUGGCAAAAAUCAAGACAUGUGAUUGGGGUUCUUUGGAUGAUAAUUUGGUCCAAAUUCGCGUGUCUACAUUAAAGAGAUUGCUUCAAACGGCUAUAUCCAUUGGUGUAGAAGAAAAUAAUCCAACAUUUGUAAGCUUGAUGAAUCAUGAUACAGGAACAAAAAUAGAUGACCCUGUGAUUGAGUUGCCUAAAAUAUCGGAAGAUUUCGAUAAUCCUAGAGAAAUUCUUUCGGAUGAGGACAUAUUACUUUUCGAAGAAAACACCGAUUUUGCACAUCUAUCAGCUGAUUUGAGAAUUUUAGAGGAUAAGCGUAACUGUCAAAAAGUUUGCGCAAAAGAAAUAGGUCACGAGGAUAGUGAACAUAUGUGUCAGUCAAAACGUCAUUACUGUGGUAAACCUUGUUCUUUAUCAACAUGCACAAAAAAAGGAAAUUAUCAGUGCCCUAACAAAUGCAUUACUGCCUGUGAGGAAGAGCAUGAUGAUCACCGCUGUGAAAAUGAAACAUGCCCCAUUCAAUGUCCUAUACCAGAGCAGGAGCAUCAGUGCCUAGAAUAUUGCGAGGAACCCGGAAUAUGUAGAGUUUUGACUGAGCCGCAAAGGCAAGAAGAGACAUAUCAAGGAAAAGUUAGCGAAACAGUGAUUACAUUUACUAAGUAUAUUCAACUUAGCGAAAGGUCAAGGUGCUAUAAAAAGAUCCCACCUAAUAAGUUUAAGCAUGAAGGAAGGCAUUCUCAUUCCCAGGAUAUCAAUAGUUUUCAUUUCUGUGAUGCCAAGUGCCAAUAUUGCGAAUAUUAUUGUAUUUUGCCUUACGGACAUACACAAUCAUUGCAUGAAACAAAGCAUGGAAAUAUGAUUCAAACGGAAUUUACAAGUGAAGAUCAAAACUUCGAGUAUGCAGGGACUGGAGCAGUUUACAGCGCGGUUUAUGCAUUUAUUAAGGCUCGGUUAGCCAGCCAAAGUAGUCGACCUCAAAUCCAAGCAGCAAAUAAAGAUACUAUAUCAUUAAUACUUUUUGAUCAUGAAGUUAUUGUGCCAUUUGAAAAUCACGUUCUCACGGAUGCUGAUGUCUUGUUAAAUCAUAUGAUUAAACAUGAGGCUCGAGGAGGGACGGAUUUUAACCUGGCAAUACAAAAAGCAGGAUUUUUAAUCAACCAAUAUUAUGACGCAAACAGAGCAAAUGUCAUUAUUUUUCUCUCUGAUGGAGGUUCUGGUGUACCACGAGAUCAACUUCGACGAAUAUGUGAACAUAACAAAUCAAGAGGGAAUCCUUUAUUUUUGUAUACAGUACUAUUUGCUAAUCGAUCUGAAAGUAGUUCUUUGAAAGAAAUGGCUAAAAUUGCGCAAGAAUAUCAACCGCCUAACAGUUCUGCGAGUUCUCUUAGGUGUCAAUAUAAUAACGUGAUGACCGAGAUAAAUUUAGUAACUACUUUCACGGGCGUCGCUGAAA